GCUAUCAGCUGUUGGAGCUCCACAACAACAACAAAGAAGAACCAGGCCGCGGAGGAAACUUCGGCUUUUUAUACUUGAACAUCGUCUUAUUUCUUCCGAGAAGGAACAUCCGGGUUCUGUUGGUCCUGAGGACCCGCGUCUACCUCAGCUUCCGGGUUCUGAAGCGGACUCGCGUUCUUCUUCUGCGGCGGCAGGUUUUUGAUUUAUCGUCUCGUUGACUCGACCUCGACGCCGAGCGAUGUCCAUCCAGCGUCUGCUGACCCUCAGAUGAUCGCUGACCACACGCUGUUGUUGCACUUUACCUUUCCGGAGCCUUCCUGCCCCCGUGAAUCCCGCAGCUGAUGACCAAAGUGCCGGCCACGCCUCCCCGCCAUCGCCCCGUGCCGCGAGCCCUCCCCAGCCCCUCCCUCCUCCUCUCGCCCCGGCAGGACGCCACGGCGGGAUGUUUCAGAGGUUCACCAGCGCUCUGUUCGGGGAGGAGGAGCUGAGCCGGAGCAGCGAACCUGGAGACAGCAAAGAGGAGGAAGAGGAGGAGGAGGAGGACUGGAUCCUGGUCAACUACCUGGCUGAAGCCUGCUCCGGGCAGCGUGCUGACGGCCUCUCUGGAUCCUCUGGUGCUCAUGUAGAGGAAGAGGAGGAGGACGAAGACGAUCUGGUGAUGAUUCCCUCUCCGAUGGCCACCCCCCCCAUCCGCUACGCCUCCUGCACCUCCCUCAACUCCACGACUGACACGGACCCGGAUGGCGGCGCCGAGGAGGAUGAAGAGGAGGGGGAGGAAGAGGAGGGCGGCUUCCAGCGCCUGGACGCCUGCUCUCUGGAGGAGAGCUGGUUUGUCACCCCCCCGCCCUGCUUCACCGGCCGCGGCCGCCGGCCCCUCCUCCUGGAGACCAGCCCUCUGGAGAACCUGCUGAUCGAGCACCCCAGCAUGUCCGUCUACACCCACCGCAGCCCCCCCCGGCUGACCAUCGACCCCCUGCCGCGCUCCCUGGACCGGGAGCUGGACUUCCUGUCCGGCAACGUGCCGGCGCCCCCGACCGCCUCGGGGGGGAAGGAGAAGGCGAGACGCACGCUGGACGGCCCACGCCACAGGCCAGAGGUGGCGAUUGUCCCGCGACGCUCCAGCCUCCACGCCGCCUGCUACGCCGCGGCGCUCUCCGCCCGCUCCGGCCUCGUGCAGCAGCGCUCGGGCGGCGCCGCCCAACGCACGCAGCUGCUGUCCCGCAACGCCCUGCGGCGCCUCAACCUGCUGCGCCCCCCCAAGACCAGCACCAUGCACCUGCACCAGCCGGGCCAGAGACACCUCAACUACUGAGGCCAGGGCGACCUUCAUCCCCCUCCUCCUCCUCCUCCUCCUCCAGCCCUUCAGCAGUGUGGAGACUCCACCCACACACAUCUCACCAGCAGCGAAUCAUCAGCCCUCACUCACACACAUCUGCUCCAGAAUCUGAUUGGACGGUGAAAAAGGGAAACUGGCUGGUGAUGUAGCACCUCCUCAUCCUCCUGCUCCUCCUCCUCCUGCUCCUCAUCCUCCUGCUCCUCAUCCUCCUGCUCCUCAUCCUCCUGCUCCUCCUCCUCC